AUGAGGUGGCAUGCUAAUUCUGAGAAUCUAGAUGGCAAGCUAAGACAUCCUAGAGAUGGAAAGGCUUGGAAAACCUUUGAUCAACAAUUUCCAGAGUUCUCAUCAGAGCCGAGGAAUGUCAGGCUAGGAUUGGCAACAGAUGGUUUUAAUCCGUAUGGUUCUAUGAGCAUGAGCUAUAGUGUAUGGCCUGUGCUUUUAUUCCCUUAUAACCUUCCUCCGUGGAUGUCAAUGAAGCAAACAUCAACAAUUUUGUCAAUGAUUAUCCCUGGGAAGCAGAUGCCGGGUAAUGAUAUUGACAUCUAUCUACAGCCCCUUAUCAAAGAAUUGAAAGAGUUAUGGUCUGAUGGAGUUCCAACAUUUGAUGCAUCUUUAAAAGAGACAUUUACAAUGCGUGCGAUUUUGCUAUGGACUAUUAGUGAUUAUCCAGGUUUAGGAAACUUAUCUGGGUGGAACGUACACACUGGAUUAGCUUGUCCAUCUUGCAACUAUGAUGCUAAAUAUCUUCGUUUACGGCAUGGGAAGAAGAAUUGUUACAUGGGACAUAGGCGGUUUCUUCCUGAAAAUCAUGUUUUCCGAAAAGAUAAGCAGCAAUUUGAUGGUCUUAUUGAAACAAGAGAUUCUCCCAUUACACCAUCAGGAAGUGUUAUUCUCCAACAAAUUCAGAAUGUGGAUGUUACUUUGGGGAAGAAGAUAGAUGCUGUGGGAAAAAGGCGCCGGGAAGAUGUAAUACUUCAAUGGAGAAAGAGAAGCAUUUUUUUUAGUUACCUUAUUGGAAACAUCUUCUCUUGCGUCACAAUCUGGAUGUGA